AUGGUAGAUAUCAUUGUUUCCUUCUCCUCAAGUGCAUUGCAUCUUAUUUCCUCUAAUGCAAAAUUUAAAGUGACACUGAAGCAGAAUGUGUCAUGUCAAAGUGUUGUGAGCUCCUGUGACAAGGAUGUCAUCCUGAACAUUCUCAGUGUCCUCACUGACUUGCUGUCUUUGGGCACUGGACGGAGGAUUCACUACGUGGUCAGCAAGGGGGGCAGUGAGGCUCUGCUGCAGGCCCUGGCCACGGCUGCCCGGACGGAGCCGCCCGACCACGGCACCCUCCUGCCCCUGCUGCGGCUGCUGGCCAGGGUGGGCCAACGAGAUAGGAAGUUUGGGCUUAAAGUGCAGAAGGCAGAAGCCACUGAUAUAAUACUGAGCUUGACAAGAAGACACCUGGGCCACCACCUGCUCCUCACCCACUGCCUCUGGGUCCUGAGGGUUUGUGCUUCUAAUGUUACCACGGGAACUAUGCUUGGCAUCAAUGGAGCCAUGGAGCUGCUUUUCAAAGUCAUCACUCCCUACAGCAAGAGACACGUCAGGACGGUCAGGGCAGCCAUUGGGGCUCUGGCAGCUCUGCUGAAAUCAAAGUCAAACAGCCGCCGGGCAGUGAACAGAGGCUACCUGGGUGAAUUGCUGAGGCUCUACCAGGACUGGCAUCGCAAUGAUGUCUCCAACAACUACAUUGACAUUCGUAGGGGUCUCCUGCUCUGCCUAAAGUACAUCACCAACAUCCAGCUGGGCAGGGAGAUGUUCCUUGGUUCCCGGGGAAUGGAGAUUCUUUUCACAAGUGUGCAGGACUGUUUAUCUUGUAAAAAUCUGGAUCCUAUCAUAACUGCUGUGACUCAUAUUCUGAGAAAGUGCUACCCCAAGGAGCAUCUGCCUGUGGUGACUGUAAGAAGUUCCUAUUCCUUCCCUCUUCCUGGGAAUGCCAGUGCUGAACCUCCAUGUGAGGGAUCUGAAGGUGGUGACAGUGAAAGUGAAGGAGAGGAAGAGGCUGAAAAUGACUGGGAUAAUGAGGAUGUGGAGAGUAAAGAGGAAGACUGUGACUUGGAGACAGAUGUGAAUAAAUUGAGGUCAAAGACAGUGCUUGACCAGCCAGAGCAAGAGCUUGAAAAAUAUGAAGCUCUGUGUGCAGAACUUUUCCAGAAUUUUCAGGAGCUUGAAUUUGAGUCUGAGGAAAAGAAGAGCUUGGAGGACAGGACUGAGAGUCUUCCCUCUGCUCCCUCUCAUUUCAUUCCAAGUGCUACUUCUGUGAAGCAUCCAAACUGCAGAUGGAGAAACCAAAGUGUCACAGAGAUGGGACCAGAUCCAGAACAGGAUUUCAAAGUCCCAUUGCAGAGCUGGAGAAAGGAGGAGCAAUGCAUAUGGGAUAAGAGUGAUGAACAGAGAGACAUUGCUGAAGAAGCCCAGGUUAAAGACUUCUGUGGGGAGGAAGAUCCAGCCAGGAGUCAUGUGUUUGCUUUGUGCUCUCUCCUAAAAGAUGCUGCUUGGUACAAAAAAAUGUUUUACCCUCAUUGUGAGGCCUUGAUCAAUCCUAGUCCUGAAGGGACGCUGGAGAACUCCGAUAUAGUUAGACACCUUCUGGAGAAACACCAAGGGGAUAUCCCAUUCCACAAUCCUUGUUUCUAUGCAGCCAGGGCCAAAUGUGUGAAGUCCAUCCCAGGCUACAGAGAGCUGGCAUUCCCGGAUUUCUGGGGUCACCAACCACCCCCUUACAGCAAGCCUGUGUUGGAGCGCAAGCAUGGGGUCCAAAGGGACAAAGUCCUUGAUGAUGUUCGCCGCCUAAUCCAGCCAGGGGAUGUGAUAGGAAGAACUGUGUUUGAUUUAGAUGAUCCCAGUCUCUCAAGCCCAGCUGCUCCAGGCUGUCUGACAUUUUCCUCCAAGUUUGAGUCAGGAAACCUUCGGAAGGCGAUCCAAGUGCGUGAGUUUGAGUAUGACCUAAUUAUGAAUGCAGAUGUGAACAGCAACCAGCACCACCAGUGGUUCUACUUUGAGGUCCGUGACAUGAAGUCACUGGUUCCCUAUCGCUUCAACAUCAUCAACUGUGAGAAGUUCAACAGCCAAUUUAAUUAUGGCAUGCAGCUGGUCAUGUACUCGGUGAGGGAAGCUCUCCAGGGCAGGCCUCGCUGGAUCCGGGCAGGCCAGGAGAUCUGCUACUACAAAAACCACUACCGCUGCAGUGCAGCUGCAGGAGGAGGCAUGAGGGGAAGGUUCUACUACACCCUCACCUUCAGCAUCAAGUUCCCUCACAAAGAUGAUGUCUGCUACCUGGCCUACCACUACCCCUACACCUACUCCACAAUGAUGUCCCAUCUUGAUAUCCUGGAACAAAACAGGAACCCUAAGAAGGUUUACUGGAGGCAGCAGACACUCUGCCAGACUCUAGGAGGAAAUCCUUGUCCACUGCUCACAAUCACUGCCAUGCCUGAAUCUAAAAACAGAGAUGACCUGGAGCAAUUCUGCAGCCGUCCUUACGUGUUCCUCACAGCUCGUGUUCACCCUGGUGAGAGCAACGCCAGCUGGGUGAUGAAGGGCACCCUGGAGUUCCUGGUGAGCAGCGAUCCCAUUGCUGAGCUCCUGAGGAAAUGUUUCAUCUUCAAGAUUGUGCCCAUGCUUAAUCCUGAUGGAGUCAUCAAUGGCAACCUUCGUUGUUCACUGAGUGGAGAUGAUCUCAACAGGCAGUGGCUGACACCCAGUUCCCAGCUGCAUCCAACGAUUUACCAUGCCAAAGGUCUCCUCUACUACCUGUGCAGCAUUGGCCGGGCUCCUCUGGUCUUCUGUGAUUACCAUGGGCACUCCCAGAAAAAGAAUGUGUUUCUCUAUGGCUGCAGCAUUAAAGAGACCUUGUGGCAAGCAGGUUGCAUGGUUGACACAGCCGUUGUCACAGAAGAUGUUGGCUACAGGACUCUUCCCAAAAUCCUGGAUAAAGUGGCCCCUGCAUUCGUCAUGAACAGCUGCAGCUUCCUGGUGGAGAAGUCCCGGGCCUCGACGGCCCGUGUGGUGGUGUGGAAGGAGAUGGGGGUGCUGAGGAGCUACACCAUGGAGAGCACCUACUGCAGCUGCAGCCACGGCCUCUACAGGGGCCUGCAGCUGGGAACGCAGGAGCUGGAGGAGAUGGGAAGCAAGUUUUGCCUUGGUUUGCUGAUUCUGCACCUCAAAUCCCUGCCCUGCAGCAAGGAGCUGAUGGCUCAGGCAGCACUCCUGCUGGAUCUGGAGGAGGAGAUCACAGACCGGGCACAAAGAAGGUGCAGUAACAGCAGCCUGGAGUCUGAUGAUGAACCUCCUUGUGCAGAAGAGAUUGAUUAUGACACUGCCAGUAGCUGUGAUGGUGAAGAGGAAUUCUUGGAGCUAGACCAAGAGAUCCAGGAGUGCCUCUCGUGUGUGGAAGGCGAGACAGAAGAUGAAGGAGUGAGCACAGGACAGACAUGCAGCUCCAGGGCUCUGAGGGGGCUCUACAUUUCCAGCCAGCCAUCACCCAACAGCACAGCUCUUCCUCUGGGCUCAGCAGCACUUGGGCUGUACAGUGGGUUUGAGAGCAGUCCUGUGUGAGCAAGGCUGUGUCUUGCAGAGCAGCAAGAAAAUGGAUCACUGCUCAUGUUUGCCUGUUUGCCAGCUUCAGCACCCUUCCCAGUGUUGCUCUGGGUUCUGAAUGGAGACUUGACUGUGUGUUUGUGUAAUUUGUAUACAGACAUGUGCUGAGAAUGACUCCUUACACUUUGUACCCAAGGCAGAGCAAGGG